AUGCGCUGUGGGAGUCUGGGUUUUUUGAAUCUCGAUGAUAACGACGGCGACAAGAUCUCUUCGUCACCACUCUUGCAUCUCGAUGAUGAUCGAGGACGAUAUGGACAACGACACCGACACGAUCAAGGCAACGCAUACGUGUUUUAUGCCACUUCGAACCUCUACGCUUGUAGUGCCAUGGUCAACGUCCACCGUCUCACCAGACUCUUUCAGACACCACAUCCAAUCUACAUGCUCGUCUCGAGGGCAGUGAGCGCCUCGUACACUCGAAAAUUCAGGGACUCGUACAAUGUCACGGUCUUGGUUCAUGAACCUCCACAACUCCACGACGGCGCGGCACCUUACUAUCAGGACGUCAUGCUCAAGUUGCUUGCCUUUGGGUUGAACAAUUUGACCACCACCAUUGCGACCGAGGGAGCAGCACACCAUCGAAAAAUUGAGAGGGUCAUUGUCAUGGAUGCAGACGUACUCGUUUUGAGGUCAUUGGAUGGUUUGUUUGAGAAAAUCGGUGAUGCGGAAGGUAUAGAUGUCGCCGCACCACAUGCGUAUUGGCUUGGACAGGGGCAACGACAGCAACGACAAACAAAGGCAAUGGACGCUGACGAAAAUGGAAAGGAAAGAAAAGGUGUCACGAGCGCUAUGAUGGUGAUCAACUUAUCCGACACUCUUUGGGGACGUAUGGAAGGUGCUUUGGAUAGAGUAAGGGGUGGUGAUAGAGUGGAGGUUUAUGACAUGGAUUUGAUCAAUGAGGAGUUUUUCGGAGCCGGGGUUGGAAAUACUAUGGGUGGUGGUGGUGUUGGCAUGGUUCUCCCAGGUUCGUAUUGUACCUUGAAUAGUCAUUGGGAAGUUCAGGAUCUACCAUCUUGGUCCAAGUUCAGUGGCUUCGAGGGAGGUUCUCGGUCGUCGUCGUCGUUGAAGAAGUCACAGAGGCUGUCUACUGAUGGUGGUGUUGACACGAGAAACCACGGCAACCAUUCGGUCACUUUGGACGGCACCAGCUCAGGGGACGACGGUGACCGCGGUCUCGUUGACCCCUUGACAUCUCUCUUUCACGAAGAAGCCUACCUUUUACACUUCACGGCCAUGGGGAAACCUUGGAGCGUCACGGUCCAAAACGUUCAUCAGUCCAGACCAGAAGCUCAUCCACUCUUCGCCCAACAGUUUCUUUUGUGGCGGCGGGCGGCCAAGUACGUCUGUCCGUCCCUGGAACUGGGUGAGGCUGGGUGGAACGAGGCCGUGGGGAAGAGAUACACUUAUCCCACUGACGAUGACAACUCUGCGGCGGUAGAGGAAGGCGAUGAUGGGAGUUUUGAUGUUUCUGGUGGUGGUGGUGGUGAUGCUACUGCAAGUCCUGUGUCGGACACGUUUUUGGAUGAUAUAUGAUAUGCAUCGUGCCAUUGCUGUAUAUCGUAACUAGCAGGGUCACUUUGAUAUACUCGUCGGGUCGGGGCUGGAAAGAAAACAAGUCGUGGCCAAGGUGCUUUACGUCCAUAGUGAUGCUUGUUGGCCGUCGAAUCACGGAAAGGGAA